GGCCGCCGGCUGGGUAAGCGGAGUCAGCAGCUCGCGGAGUCUGGACCGCAGGGUGAAACUGGACCUUCAUUUUCCAGGUCGAAGCCGCUGGUCUCAGCUGGGAUUUCACCAGUUCCCUGAAAGAGAUUACCCUGUACCUUCACAGAGCCAGGAGCCCGGCGGGAGCCCCUCGGUCGGGUCUGGCCCGGCGCAUGGAGCCAUGGCCCUGUUCCGCGGAAGGCGGCGGCGGCGGGACCCGCGCCCGGCACGUCAUCAUCAACGUGGGCGGCUGCCGCGUGCGCCUGGCCUGGGCCGCGCUGGCGCGAUGCCCCCUCGCGCGCCUGGAGCGCCUGCGCGCCUGCCGCGGCCACGACGAGCUGCUGCGCGUGUGCGACGACUACGACGUGAGCCGCGACGAGUUCUUCUUCGACCGCAGCCCGUGCGCCUUCCGCGCCAUCGUGGCGCUGCUGCGCGCGGGGAAGCUGCGGCUGCUGCGGGGCCCGUGCGCGCUGGCCUUCCGCGACGAGCUGGCCUACUGGGGCAUCGACGAGGCGCGCCUGGAGCGCUGCUGCCUGCGCCGCCUGCGCCGCCGAGAGGAGGAAGCGGCCGAGGCGCGCGCUGGGCCGGCGGAGCUCGGGGCGCAGGGGAGCCCGGCGCGCGCCCUGGGGCCUCGGGGGCGGCUGCAGCGCGGCCGGCGGCGCCUGCGCGACGUGGUGGACAACCCGCACUCGGGGCUGGCGGGCAAGCUCUUCGCUUGCGUGUCCGUGUCCUUCGUGGCCGUCACGGCCGUGGGCCUCUGCCUGAGCACCAUGCCGGACAUCCGCGCGGAGGAGGAGCGGGGCGAGUGCUCCCCCAAGUGCCGCAGCCUGUUCGUGCUGGAGACCGUGUGCGUGGCCUGGUUCUCCUUCGAGUUCCUGCUACGCUCCCUGCAGGCCGAGAGCAAGUGCGCCUUCCUGCGCGCGCCGCUCAACAUCAUCGACAUCCUGGCGCUCCUGCCGUUCUACGUGUCCCUGCUGCUGGGGCUGGCGGCAGGCCCGGGCGGGACCAAGCUCCUGGAGCGCGCGGGGCUGGUGCUGCGGCUGCUGCGCGCGCUGCGCGUGCUCUACGUGAUGCGCCUGGCGCGCCACUCGCUGGGGCUGCGCUCGCUGGGCCUGACCGUGCGCCGCUGCGCGCGCGAGUUCGGGCUGCUGCUGCUGUUCCUCUGCGUGGCCAUGGCGCUCUUCGCGCCACUGGUGCACCUGGCCGAGCGCGAGCUGGGCGCGCGCCGCGACUUCUCCAGCGUGCCCGCCAGCUACUGGUGGGCCGUCAUCUCCAUGACCACCGUGGGCUACGGCGACAUGGUUCCGCGCAGCCUGCCCGGGCAGGUGGUGGCGCUCAGCAGCAUCCUCAGCGGCAUCCUGCUCAUGGCCUUCCCGGUCACCUCCAUCUUCCACACCUUCUCGCGCUCCUACUCCGAGCUCAAGGAGCAGCAGCAGCGCGCGACCAGCCCCGAGCCGGCCCUGCGGGAGGACAGCACGCACUCAGCCACGGCCACCGAGGACAGCUCCCAGGGCCCCGACGGCAUGGGCCAGGCCGCCGACUCCGCGGACGCGCUGUGGGUGCGGGCAGAGCGCUGACGCCUGCGCGGCUGGCACGGAGAUCCCCCGCCCCCUCCAGCUGCAGCGUCGGGACCCCCGAGGCGCGCAGAGGGGCGGGGGUCGUCUGGCUCUGGGGAGCGCCUGCGUGAGUAGCCCCGGGGCCUGACUCCCCUGGCGGCGCUGGGCGAAGUCACUGGCCUGUGUCCUCCUGCCCUGCUUCUUUCUUUGGAUUUUUAAUUUUGUAUACCUAAAAAUAAAUUUAGUAAGUCCCAGAAGUUCCACACCUACUGUGGAUGACUUCGUCCCCCCUCUGACUUUUCCUGCCUCCGGCCGGGGAGAAAGGGGUAGCGCGGCCAUUGCCAGGCCCCCAUGGCACCCAGAAUGGGCACCCUACGGAAGGAGGCCCUCCGCAUCCACCGCUGCCCAAGGCCACAUCACCUUCCCAGGGAUGGGACAGAGGUUUAAGCCGACGCUCACAGCACCCCCAGUGCCGCCCCACUAACUGCCCUUUCGGUGGUGGGGGAAGAGGAUUCCAGCCCUGACCUCUAACCUCCAUUCCCUGACACCACCUCCCUAGGGAAUCUUCAAGGCUUGACCUCAGGGAGGGUGACAAGGGCCUCCUGACACUCCCUCCGCAUAAGGUUUGCGUGUGGCAUUGCCAACCCUUCCAUGGCGUUCUUCUGGGCUUUUCUGCAGGUGGAGAGGAAGGAAAUUUCCACACCGUGCUGCUCUACGCUCGUUCAUUUUAAUGAGUUCA